AUGAAGCUCGCUCCCGUUAUCCUCCUCGCCCUCGUCUCGGCCGUCACGGCCGCCCCCGCCCCUGCCAAGUGCAGGCCGAAGCAGCACCCCGUGGGGGCUGGUGGCGGCGGUGCCCAACCUUCAGGCGCAGGCACCGACAAGUCUGGGCCGACUGGUUCGAGCCCUAGCAACAGCACCGACACGACGACCGCCAACGUGGUCGCCAACAACCCGACUGGUGGCGCGUACCCCCCGCCGCCUGUCGUCAACCAGACGUUCUUCACCGACCCCAAGGUCACGCCCGCGCUGCCCCCCAUCAUUGGGCACCACCCGAACGUGACGGGCAUUGUGGCCCCGCCCGGCUCGGUCGGAGUCAACCCCUCCGGUGGCAUCCCGGCGGACGACCCGCUCGCCAAGCUCAUGAUUGAGCGCAUCAACCAGUGGCGCUCGAUCUACCAGGCCCCGCCGAUGCACUGGAACCAGACCGUGUCUGGCUACGCGGUCGAGUAUGCAAAGCGGUGCGAGUUCAAGCACUUCCUUGGCGACGGCAAGAUCUUCCUCAAUGGCGAAGUGCUGAUCGGGGGAGGUGACAUCAAGGAUGCUGACCUGUCGUGGGGCGUCAAGCGCUGGGUCGACGCCUGGAUGACAGAGGGCGGUACGGGUCCACAACAGCAGGGGAGGCACGAGACGCCGCUGACAGUCAACAGAGAACUCACCGACCCUCUCCCCAAGAUCGAGGUCGGCUGCGGCUGGCAGGAAUGCGGCAAGAUCUACUGCGACACCUGGCGCUACGGCUGGCCCGACGAGCACUACCCGCAGUACACGGUGCGCGUGCCGCCCCAGAUCGAGGUCCCCUGGAAGGAGUACGAGGACCCCCUCGCCAGCUAA